AUAUAAUAUAGCAAAAUGAUUAGAGAAGUAAAGCUAAUCAAGGAUAUUCAAGCUCAACAAAGAGGUUGGACAGUAAAAGUGGUGGUUAUUGAGAAAGCAAUGCCACGAGUUUCUAAAUCAAGUCCAAACAAAUAUCAAAGGUUAAUCUUAGCUGAUGAAGAAGGUAAUAAGAUCCAGGCCACAAUAUAUGGUGGAGACAUCCACAUCUUCCGAGACACACUCAUAAUUGGGAAAAAUUAUUAUAUUUCUAAUGCUUGGGUUAAAGAAAUUGGUGCACAAUAUCAGAUUGUUCAAAAUAAUUUGCAAUGGACUAUAAAUGGUCGAACCAUUGUGGAAGAAGUGACUGGAGAUUCAGAGAUAAUUGUGCCUGCUGUUUACAACUUUGUUCCGUUCUCACGACUACACACUUAUAUUGAUUCUCUAUCCCACGUCGAUGUGAUUGGAAUAGCGAUUGAAAUCAAGCCAAAAAAGGAGAUAAUCACGAAUGAUGGCUUAGAGACUGUCCAAGAGAUGACUUUGAUGAAUGAUAAUAUGGAUACUGUGAUGCUCACCAUGUGGAACCAAUUUGUGAACAAUGAAUGUACUCAAAUUUUGAAUAUUAUGAAUAGAAAACCAAUCAUAAUUGGAUGUCGACUUAAAGUUAGCUCAUAUAAUGGUAUUUCGCUUUCAACCAAAUCCUCCAGUUCAUUUGUUAUUGAACCGGAGAUACCACAAGCAGCUGCUUUAUCAAUUUGGUAUAAUGCUAAUGCUGAAAAAGCCAUGGACAUAAUAUGUGGAAGGAUUGGUCUUGAGACAAAGUCACUGUCUACACUUCCUUCUGCUGAGGACAUCAUUACCAUUAAGAUGAUAGAUAAUCAACUUAAUACGAGGAGAAGCUUUUGGAUCAAUGGUCACAUCAAAGUGACAAAUUUGAUUCAACCUUUUUGGUACUUAAGCUGUGAAAAAUGCACAAAAGCAACUGGAUAUGAAUUUGAACAGAGGUUUAACUGCUUGUAUUGCAGACAUGAUCAAGUUAAAGCUAUGCCAAGGUGCCGAGUCAUUGUUGAUUUGAUAGAUGAGUCUUCAUCAUUGAAUGCUACAUUGUUCGGAAAUCAAGCUGAAAAUUUUCUUGGUUGCACUGCAUAUGAGUUGAUGAAUAAAUAUGAUGGGGUAAUAUAAUUCUUUUCAUAUGUGUUUGUGGAAAUGACUGGUUAGUUUUAACUUGUUCUUUGAAAAAACAUAUAUAAAUGAUGUAAAUGCUUAUGUGAGUACUAACUGUGAAUCUUUCUUUUUUUUAGGAUUCUGUUAAAGAUAUUGAAAAAAUUGCCACAUUAUCCAGUAGUCAUAAGCUUCUAAUUCAAGUUAAAGCAUCUAAACAUGAAUAUCGUGAUAUUACAAGAUGGAAAUACACAAUCCUUUCUGUUUGUGAUACUAUUUCAAAAGAAAUCAACACAUUAACAUAAACAGAUACUUCAAAUGAUGCUGAAGUUAGUCAAGUUUUAGAAAUUGUUGAAGAGUAAAGUGGAAAAUCAUUAGGCAUAACUGA